CUUGACAACCGACUGCAUAAAACAAGAGCAACUAACAACAGUUCGGGCUGGAGUGAAUGUCAUGUGGAAGAUUCGAAUCGUCGACGAUCCUUUGGACGUGGCGGGACGGAAUGAUGCCACAGGAGUAUUGCUUCUACAAAACAAGCUUGCGCACGCCACAAUCUCGUUACUCGAUCUUUUUCCGGACGUUCCAGAAGUGUCCGGCGAACGGAUUGUCCAAACGGCGUUGGCCGACUUUGUGUCGAGGCAGUGGACUCGGGAUUUACAUCUCGUACACACGCACCACGAGCAGGGCUGUACCUUUGUGGUCGAGGCUUUGGAGAAGACGACGCUCCAUACCCGCCAUCGGAAUCGAAGGAACCGAUCCGUAUCCCCGCACUGGACUCCGUACAUGCUGGAACGCACCGAUAUUUGGUGUACUCCGACGGGUGUCUUGCACGUGUGGGUGCGGGUACUGGCCUACAACAACGACCCCACCGUCGUAGCGGGUGAUCAUCCCAGUCCGGUCCGAAGAGAUUGCGCAUCCGACAUCUUUCGGCACGGGCAAACGUGUGCCGUACGCACCAUACUGGCGUCAGUCGUACCCGCCGACACUGCCACAUUCGUAGACGCUGCCCAAAGGCACGUUGCCACGGCGAUGUGGCAGGAACGGCUGCGCGUACAGUUACGAGCCCACAACGCUGUGGCGUUUGUCGCCGACGGGUCCAUCCUGCCACGCAAAAGCGGGGCCAGUCACGCUCCGAUGGCCAGUCCUCCCGCUAUUCCCUUUGCCGCACCCGUCGAUAGUCCACUCCGACGAGACGUCUCGGUUGAUCUCGGCCCGUGGAAGACGUAUCUAUCCAAACCAACGCUUGCAGCCACGCCCGGUACUUGGCUUGUCGAAGAGACGGAUACAAUCCUAACAAUGACUGGUUUGCUGAUUCCCCGGGGUGUUUCACUCAUUGUGGGUGGCGGUUACCACGGCAAGUCGACGAUUCUCCGAUGCGUUGCCGCAGGCGUGUACAACAAAAUUCCCGGUGACGGUCGUGAGUUUUGUGUCACCGUAGACGACGCCGUCACGGUGCGAGCCGAAGACGGGCGCUACGUGAACCGAUGCAACGUGAGUGCUUUUAUUGCCAAUUUACCCGUCCUACCAAAUAGUGCGUCCGAUACAGUAAAUAUAACCAAGUCCUUUUCGACUGGUGAGGCAUCGGGUUCCACCUCGCAGGCGGCCAACGUGGUGGAAGCGAUGGAAAUGGGAGCUUCGGCUUUUUUGGUGGAUGAGGAUGUGAGCGCGGCCAAUUUUAUGGCACGAGACGGAAGGAUGCGGGCACUGGUCAUGGACGAGUCCAUCACGCCACUGUUGUACCGCGUAAAUGGGCUGUACCAGAAACACGGCAUCUCUUCCGUUGUGGUGGUGGGUGGUGUUGGUGAUUGGCUGGACGUGCCCGACGCCGUCAUUCUCAUGGACAAGUACGUGUGUCACGAUGCGACCCAAAAAGCUCGAUCGGUCAGUCGGCAGUUUUCGCAUGGACACGUGCAGUAUGGUGGACGAGGGGUGGUUCAUCGACUAAAUUGGGAAAGUACAGGAACCCCCAAUCCACGCAGGCCCACCGACGCAUGGAGCCAAAAAUUCGACCGCCAAUCCACCGUUAUUUCCUUAUUGGACGGUGUUCAAUCACUUGUUUUGCAUCAUGCUGAGGAAGAUCAGGCUAUUACAAAUGACGAGGAGGAAGAAGAAGAAGCUAUGAUUGAUUUGUCACGUUGUGAGCAACUGCUAGGGAAAAAACCUCAGCUGUACGGAUGUGGUCUUUGCGUAGUUUGGUUGCUAGAAGCAUCCCGCCAAUACCCAAAUCUAGGUUUGUCCGAUCUUUUGCACAAGAUGGAUUCAGCCAUUGACACGGAGGGACUAUUCAAUGUAGUCUCGGCGGUCGGUGAGACCAAUACUUCGUUACAGUCCGAAUCGCUUCCGGCGAACGUGGGACUGCUGAUCGAAACGUUGGGGUGCGCGUUUCGGCCGCGUCGGUUCGAAGUAGGCCAAGCAUUAACUCGUCUCCGUGGUAUUCAACUGGAAGAGCUACCGGUAGAAGAAGAUCUAGUGGAAAAGGCGGCAAGAGAGGAAGAAGCGAGGAAAAGGCAAAGGCUGCGGGAGAUAUGGGAAGCCCGACGCCAAAAAGGAUAAACCCAAUGCGCCACAUAUUUCUAAAGGAAAAGAAGUACUGAAAAUGUGUAUUC